AUGGGCAUGCCGAAUGAAGAUGAAGAUGACGAAUACAAGACAAUCACCAAGGAAGAAGCCCUUGUGAGAAGUGAGCAGACGCCGCGCAUUUUGCAGUGGCAGCCCGCCGCCAAUGGACACACGGGGGCAAUUACGUCGCUCACGUAUUCCCAUGACAGCACGAUGCUUGCGACCGGCUCGGACGACACCUCCAUCGCCCUCUGGAACACGUCCAACCAGACCAUCGUCCGCAAGUGGGACGCGCACACCGACGUCGUAUGGGAGCUCGCGUUUUGCCUCGACAACAAACGGCUCGCGUCCGCCGGCGCGGACAGCAACGUCAUGGUGUGGUGGGUUGAGACAGGUGAAUGCCUGGCAACGAUGACUGGGCACGAGGAGACCAUCCACGGGAUGGCGUGGUCCGCGCACGGGAAAUACAUUGCGUCGGGCUCAGACGACAUGAGCGUGCGCCUGUGGGAUGCGGACACGUAUGAGCAAAAGACGGUGCUUGAGGGCCACGAAGCGAUGGUCACAUUUGUGCGCUUCUCCCGCAACAGCCGCUGGCUCGCCUCGGGUGCGGCGGACUACUGCGGACGUCUCUGGGACGUCGAGGCGGGCACGCCGCAUGUGGUACUACGCGGACACAGGGGGAUGCUCUGGAAUGCAGACUUCGACGCGGACGACCGUAGGCUCGUGACGUGUUCGGACGACGGGAGCGCGCGCGUAUGGAGCGUAGAGACGGGCGAGAUGCUCGUCAACAUUCACGAGCACCAGAGCCCGGUGUGGAGCGUCGCGUUCAGCCCGGGCGGGACGCGCGUGCUCACAGCGUCGAGCGACUCCACGGUCAGACUCUCUAUGUCGUCCACAGGCCGGGGCAAGUUCGUCCUCAGUGGGCACGAGAGCAUGGUCAACACUAUAUGCUUCUCGCCCGACGGAAAGUACGUUGCCUCAGCGUCAUGUGACGAAACCGCACGUUUGUGGCACGCUGCCGAUGGGAAGUCUCUCGCCACGUUUGACGAGCACAACGACAAGGUGACACUAGUAGCGUUCGGUCCUGAUGGCGACACUCUCGCAUCGGGAUCAGAUGAUGGCACCGUUCGCAUCCGAUUGAGAAAGGAAUGGGAUCCCUACGGUGCAGAACAAGACGAAGACGACAGCCACGACGACGGCGACGACGACGAGUAG